ACUUGUUCUACUUAGUAUUUUCUGCCUCUCCGCCCACUUUCAAUCCAUUCCCAUCCAGCAACAUUCCGCCCAACCAUUUACUCAAGCGACCAUUUUCUUUCAUGACUACUAGACGAGUGGCCCGUGGUGGGCGCAACCCGAAAGACCUACCUCGUGAUCAACAGGUUUCCAGGAAAGUGAGUUGGCUGUUGAGACAUGGUGCGAAUCAGGAGGGUUUGAAGCUAGGGAAGGGCGGCUAUGUUAGUGUUCAGGAUGCUCUCAACACGCGCGCCCUAAAAUCGCUCAACAUAACCUUCCCCGAACUCCGCGCCAUGGUCGCCGAAAACGAUAAACAACGUUUCUCGAUGAUCCUCGCCUCAUCACUUAGCGAUUCCUCCAACAUCACCUCUUCCCCAGUAAACCGACUCGAAUCCGAGGCCUUCGACCCAACCCCCAAGUCUGACGACCCAAGCGACUACAUCAUCCGUGCAAAUCAGGGCCACUCCAUCAGUGUCGAGACGGAAGGCCUGUUAACGGAAGUCAGCGAGGAAAGCGGGAAUGUGCCAGAGCUAUGUGUCCACGGCACUGAUGAGCCCGCUUGGCGUUUAAUUUUGAAAUCUGGUGGCCUGAGAUGCAUGGGAAGGAAUCAUAUCCACUUCGCGUCCGGGCUUCCUAGGGGCUUCAAGUCGAUGGACCAAGGCAUCGCUGCUACCGUAGAGGGAAAAGAUGCCCCGCAUGUUAUAUCGGGAAUGCGGAAAUCUUCUACUAUUCUCAUUUACAUCAAUAUUCGUGCCGCUAUGGCCCAUGGUAUCAAAUUCUUUUUGAGUGAGAAUGGGGUUGUUUUGACGGAAGGAAAUGAGAAAGGAGUUUUGUCAUAUGAAUUCUUUGAGAUGGUUGAGAGUAGAAAGAAAGGAGGUGGGGUCUUGAUGAGAGAUGGUGUGUUGCCGGAUGAUGUUGAGGUCGAUAUUCGGGGGUGGGAGAAGGAUAUUAGCGAUGCAAGAAGUUUGAAGCGGAGUCGCAAAGGGAAAGAGAGAAGCGGUAGAGGUGGGAAGGCGAGGGUUAAUGAUGAUUCUAGGGAUGUGUUUGUAGGCGUUUGAACCAGCUUCAUAGCAAUGCGGUGUCUAUGUGGCGUCUUUAGUACUGAGAGGCUUCCUACCUGGUCGGUGGCAUCUCUUUUAAGCAAAGGCACUUUAAGAUUGAA